AUGAGUUUCUGGAGCAAAGGUAUGUGUUCUUCCAGCGACGUCUGCCUGGCCGGCUGCACUGCAGAGCAUCUGCCCCCCAGGCACCCUGACCCACCGCCAUCAAAUUUAGGUGGUUUUUACACCUCACACAAAGACAGCAAGAACAUUAGGGGACUGAUACACAGGACUGAAAACACUGCUUCGGGUUUGUCGUGUUCCAUCCCAGUGGAGUAUAAUCUGUCCACAGGGAGCACAAGAACACCUUUGUCUCCUGCUUCUUACAGUCAUUACAACUGGAGCCUCAACAGCGGCCAUCAAGCCAAGCGUGCCAGAGUUGAGAACAUCAUCAAAGGUAUAACCUGCACAGAUGUGAUGCCAAAUCAGCACGAGGAGACCGGCCGCGUGCGGGAAGAAGACGAAAGGGUUGGAGUGUCGGCUUCACAUCAGAAACGCAUGGAAACGAGUGGAACUGAAAGCCUGAGCGAAAGCCAUCAGCACCUCAGAGAGGUCAGGACGAAGGUCAAUCCCAUGUGCAAAGAUGAGAAAUUUCCCAGAUGGAGCGUUUCACCUGAAGCAUCUACAGAUGAGGUGCUUUAUAAAUCCUGCAGUGAAACCGAAAGCGGUCCAGGUAAAACUCAUCAAGAAUGGAAAAAGGUGAUGCCAGGCCACUUCAGCUCCAAACCGGAUCGGGUGAAGCUGAUGGCAGAUAUUUUAAAAUACGAGCUGACCCGAGCUGUGAGCAGAAGUGUGGACUCCAUUUUCAAAAGCAUGCCACUUACACAGACCCCAACCGAGAUGGAGAAUUCAGAAACAACUCUCCCUCCUCAGUUCUCAGAAAGCAUGGAGAAUAAAUUAAGAUGUGGGACAGCAGAGGUUCUGCUCCCAGAUGUCCAAACAGAAGCUCUGUCUCUGGUGGUCCAAAAGCCAGAACUGGAACGGCCGCAAGACUUCAUCCCCCAGUCGACAUCAGCGGCUCCUCUUACCCCCAAAUCUCCCAUCUUCUUCAGCUGUGAGCCUGAACAAGCAUCAGAGCAAAACAACAUCGCACACCAUCAACGGCACAAUUUUAAAUGCUCACCAGAUGGAUGCUCUGAACGUGGCGAGCCAAGAUUGGACACAUAUUGGAAUUUGGUCAAAGUGAAAUCAAAGGUCACCUCCAGAUCUGCGAGAAGCCCUCACACACACACCGUGCCGGUGGAUCACGUGAUUCUUGACAACCUGCAGCUCCCACAUGUGAAGUUAGAACCAGAUUGCUUCGAGAAAAAUAACGUCUACAUGUUGAACGAGUGUCUGACAACAAACCACCUGAAGAAAGCAAAGCUCAUGUUCUUCUACACUCGCUAUCCGAGCUCAGUGGUGCUGAGGAUGUGCUUCCACGACGUGCAGUUCACACGCUGCAUCACCUCCCAGCUCAUCAAAUGGUUCAGCAACUUCCGGGAGUUUUACUACAUCCAGAUGGAGAAGUUUGCCCGCGGCGCUCUCCUGGAGGGGGCGGCCGAUGUGAGGAAUCUGACUGUAAGCAGAGAAUCAGAACUUUUCAGAGCUCUAAACAUGCACUACAACAAAGCCAACGACUUUCAGGUUCCUGACCGAUUCCUUGAAGUGGCUGAGAUUACACUGAGAGAGUUUUACAUCGCAAUUUCAAUGUGCAAGGAUCGUGACCCAUCCUGGAAGAAGACAAUCUACAAGGUGAUCUGCAAGCUGGACAGCGACGUUCCACCUGAAUUUAAAUGUCAUCACUUUGGAUGAACACCAGCCAAAAAGGCAUCCUGUGCCACAGCCGUGGACUUACUGAGUAAUUUUGUUUUGAAAGGGAAA